AGGCGAUGGGAGCGCGGCGGGGCUCACAAAGGGUUAAAUUCCAUCGCCUUUCAAUUUCUGGCCCUUUCCAUGGAAAAUCACCUCAUUCUGUUGAUACAGCGUUCCCGCCGCCCGUCCGUGGCCCUUCUGGAUAUUACGCUCUUUAUUUUUGGCCUUAUUUGUGUUCCACACCUGUGCCUCUCCUUCUGCUGCAGGCCAGGAACAGGGAGAGACUGGGAAAAAAAAAAAAGUUGAGGGAAAAGAGAAUGUUUUAAAAAACUGCAGGGGAAGCUGAGGGGAGAGCUCCACAGAUGCGCCCAUGCCCGGCAUCCCAAUCCACGUUAGCUUCGUGCUGCCCCCACUCCAUCCUCCUUCCUCUGCAAAUGGAGCUUCCCAGAGACAACCCCCCCUUUUGGGGCUUGUUUUCAGCAGGAAAAGCAGGAUCGCUGGUUUUACUGUCGGACACGAGCAGCUGGAUGAGCUCUGGUGACGGGUGAGCCAUCAUCCCCACCCCAGCCCGCGGGAUCAGCUCUGGGAUCAGCUCUGGGAUCAGCUCUGGGAUCAGCUCUGGGAUCAGCUCUGGGAUCUCUGCAGCACACGGAGCCCCAGGCCACCCCCGCAGCCCCGAGCUGUCCUCCAGGCAGCAGGAGCCUGGCAAAGCCUGCACAGAGCUUUGGGGCAUAAUCAGCACUGGAAGAACCAGCAAAUCCCUCCUCUCUCCCUGAGGCAGCUUCGACACAGACCUGUGUUCUCCUCGAGGAUCUGGCACCUAAAGCUGAUUCUGGGAUAACUGUGGAGCAGGGAUGAGUUUUCCUUUUUAAAAUGGUGAUAGAGCCACUUAGCAUCUAUUCCCUAAUUAAAUCUACUCCAGCAGAGCAGGACAGCCAGCAAUGCCUGGUGUCUCAUCCCAGCCCUGGUGCCCCUUGGUGCCUUUGGAAUGGUCCAAGCUGAGGUAGAAGCCACCUCAUCCCUGGGGACACUGCGGAUCCCUGGCACUCCCACAGCUCUUCCUCAGCAUGGAUCCGGGCCAGCCCAAGGAUUUCCGUGUGUCACUCUGUCAGGAGCAGCGAGGGGAGAUCCCAAAGGUGGGAAGGGAGCUGUGGAAUGCUGGAGCUGCAGCCUGGGUACAUCAGAACUCCCAGCCCUGCUGGGUCACCCUGGGAAUUCUCCAUGCAGUUGGACACAGCUGUGCCCGACGGAUCCCAUCUGCACCCUGAGGGGAAUUUGCCUUCGGAGCAGCGUUCCGGAGGGAUCCUGGAAGCUUUAGCGUGAGGCUGGGGUUUAUUCCUCGCCAUCGGAUGGGUUCGGGAGCGGCCGGGUCGCUGCAGCCGGCAGAUGGCACUGACUGAUCUCGCUGCUCCAUGGAAACAUCCCAGCCCGCUGCAUUCCCCCUCCAGCACCUUCCCACCUUCUGCCUUCGGAGGCACUGAUCCUGGAAAACAUAUCUGGGGGUUGAGUAAAGCCCCGGCUUCCUUCUGGAACUGUUUGUGCUGGGAUAAAAUUCCCUUGUGUGUGCACCCGGAGAUUCCUGGGGUCCUGGAGCAGCUCGGAGCUUGUGCUUCCCAAGGCUGACCCUUGGGAUAAUCUUCCCUGGCACCCAUUUGCAGGAUGUGAUCAGGCAGACGCAGCAGUGCUGCUCCUUUCAGGCCGGGCUGGAGCGACCUGGGGGAGGGAAGGUGCCCUGAGAUGAUCUGGAGGGUCCCUUCCCACCCAAACCAUUCCCUGAUCCCGUGGUGUUCCCCAGGUGCCGGAGGAGCAGUGGGAUCGGGGUGGACACCUCUCCUGCCACAGAGGGGACAUCACACCCCGUGUGACGCACCCUGGAACAGCUCCAGCCCCACCCAUGUCCCAUCUCCGGGGCUCCAGGGUAGGACGAGGAGGGCUAAAAACGGGCAGGAGGGUGGGAGUGCUGUGGGAGCAGAUCACAAAAGGAGCUGUUUUUCCUCUAAGCUUCUCAGCUCGCCCCCUGCUCAGGUCCUGACAGCUGUCAGAGCUCGGCAGGUGUCAGGGGAGGUUUGGGAGGGCGCGGGAGCAGCUUGGCACGCCCGGGGGUGGCACUGCCUGUGGGCUCCCUGGUGCUGCCAGUGCCACCAGCCGUGGGGACGGUGCUGGCCCCGAGCUCAAAGAUCCUCUGCUGGUCUUGGACGGCCUCAAGCUCUUCCCUGCUUGGAUUUCACUGCAAACCCCGCCCUGUUUAGGUGUGGGAAUGACUGGAUCCUCCUGGAUUUUUUUUCCCUUGGUGAUGGUCAGCUCCGGGCUGGAGCCAGCAGGAGAUUCCUCACGGGCAGCAGUCCCUGUCCUGAGGGACCAGGGUGUCCUGUGGGAUGUCCUGGGUGCAGGAUGAGGCUGAGUGCUGGGAGUGCUCUGGGGACAGCCCUGUGCCGUGGAGGGACAUUUGUCCUUAAAGGUGGCAGGAAAGGGGACAAUGCUCAGUCACCGUGGCAACGUGGCAGGGAUGCUGGGGACAGAGCCGUGUCCUGGCAGAGGUGCUGGGGAGCUGCUGAGGUCUCCUGUCCUGAUCCCGGCCUGAAUUCCAACAUUUCAGGCAGUGUGGGCUACCUGGGAGGGGCUCUGCUCAACCUGGAUGCCCCGAGCAGGAUUUGAAAACUGGAAUAUUCCUGAAAUUCAAGAGCUAUUUAAGCUUCUAAAUCCCAGGAAGGGAAACAGGAGCUCUGGAGCAGAGGCCUCGGGAGCCACCUGCCACUCACAUUUUGCUUCUCCAUGCAUCCAAGUUUCCAAAGGCUCCCAGAGCCUGGGAUAUGCAAAUGACUCUUGAUAUGUGCUGAUUGUGAUAAAUGGCAACCAAAGCAGAGGGAUGAUCCUUUAGGAAUCAUAAAUCCCCUCUGUGGCUGGUGCCAUUGAGGAGAUCUGGCCUUGGAAUUCUGCACCACUCUUUCCUCAGCACGUUCACUCGGGAACAGGGCAGGAGUUGGGAAAAAAAUGGAUUUGCAAAUGGAAGAAAUGGAUUUUCAAAUGGAAGAAAUGGAUUUGCAAAUGGAAGGAAUGGAUUUCCAAACCUAUGCCGUACAGCAGAACUCAGCCCCCUUGGAAAUAAGGAGACAGAGCCUGUGUCAUUCCCAGCUUUCCAGGGUGCUCUGUUCAUUUUCCUGCAUGCUGCUGGAUAAAAUGGAUCCUCUGAAAUUCCUCUAAACGAAAACCUUCCCUCUCCCCCACCAGCAGGGAACAGCCCCUGUUUGUGGAACUCCUUGGCUAUCAGGACCCUCCAGCACUCUGCAAAAACUCAGAGUUGGGAAAUAUUCCCCUUUCUAAGGCUGUGCUCCAUUCCUUUGGAGCUGGAAUGUUAAAUUCCCCCAGCUGGGCUUUGCUUUCGACAGGAAGAGGCUGAGCUGGAGCAGCAGCUGGGUGUGAACCUCCCUGAGCACUGGGAGGGGGCAGUGCCAGGCUCCCUGUCCCUUCCCAAAAGGAAUGCCACUGGCAGCUCCUGCUUGUGUUUGGCAGCUGAACAGGAGCAGUGGGAAUUUGAAAAUAAACCCAGCAGAGGAGGGGGAAACCCCAGGAUCUAAAACAAGCAAGAGAAAUCUCGUUUUCUCCUGGAAUUUCAGGGGUCUGAGCAGCAAGCAAACAAUGAUUUCCCUGUGCCUUUGCUGGGUAGAUCCAUAAUUCCUGAGAGACAGGGGAGCAGUGCUCCAAACACGAGCUGCUGGCUGAUGGAUAACUGGGAUAAUGACAUGGAAAAAUCAGGAGAGACCUGCAGGGGCUCCAGAGGUGCUUCCAUCCCUGCUCCUGGGAGCCUUGGGAGUGCAGGGCUGAGCUCUGGCAAGGCAGGAAGGAGCAAAGCUGGGAAGGGAAGUGAGGAGUGGAAGGAGAAGCAAUUCCAUGUUGUGCUCCCUUGGUGUGAAAUCUGUUGGAGUGUAGGAACUGGAAUUUUGGCAGGGCUUUGGGCAAGGCAGUGCUGCUUGAAGAGGAAUCAAAAGGAAUUGGUGUUUCUUUCCAGCAUAUCUUGGAUUUCUCCCUAAUCCCAUGGCACAGGAAUUCAAAUGUUCUCCUGUUGGGAAGGAAAAUUCCCUUUCCUUCACCUCUCACAGUCAUUUUACAAAUUGGAGAUAAACCAAGUGAUUCCAGGAGGCUGCUGGGGGUGGGAAAGGGCUCAGACCUCCCAGGGAAUGGCUCCAGCUCCUGCCUCCAGCAGCCUGUGGCAAUUUUAAUUUCCAUGGAGAACCAGCCCAAGCCUUCCCAGCUCAGCUGGCAUUUUUCUGGUAUCCCAGUGAUGUUCAAAUCGAUUCUCUGCCUAAUUAGCUUGCAAAUAUUAU